CAUAGAAAUAUAUACAGACGCAGAUUGCGAUAAUCUCCACAAAUUGCUAUAUUAUUCUUCUCCAGAUAGUUAGUUAAUAGUUCAAAAAGAGGAGGGGAUUUAAGUCGUUUUUACACAGAAAGUGAUAAAAAACUUUGUUUGGCAUCCCCAAAGUUUAUAGACAAACUAUGGCGCUUCGUCGAAUUUCUAUGGGUUACUGCAUUCCAUACCUUGGAAAAUCUGGAGUUAUUCUCUUACGUCAACCAAUCCAUACAAGAAAUACUGAGAUUUCAAAACAUUUUAAACUAAGAGAAGUUUCGUGUGAAAAAGACAACAGACCCCUUGUUCUUUUAUUCGACUGGUUGUAUGCUAAGCCCUCUGCUGUAAAUAAAUACUGUGAUUUAUAUCAUCAUUGUGGUUUAGAUGUUUUGACAGUAAGUGGCCGCGUAUCCCAAUUUCUGUGGCCACCAAAUGCAGUGAAGUUAUCAGAAGAACUAAUGUCGUAUCUUUUAUUUGAAAGAAAACCACAGAAAUACCUCGUCCAUGCCUUUUCAGUGGGGGCUUAUAAUUACGAUGUUGCUUUGUAUCAUGCUUUUGAAAAUUCAGAUAAAUAUGGUAAGUUCAGAUCACGGAUUCAGGGUCAGAUAUUUGACAGUGUUACAAUUGGAAGUUAUGAAGUUAUGUGUCGUGGCUUGGCUACUAAUCUACCUCAAAACCGAAUAAUUCAAAAAAGUAUUUUAACAAUUCUUGACACAUAUUAUAAUUUAACAAGUGAACAUACCAAGGAUCAGUACAACAAACUUGUUGAUUUCUUUAAAGACAAACCAAUAAAAGUGCCAACUCUAUUGUUUUAUGCCAAAAACGACCCCAUGUGUGACGUGGUUUCCAUGGAGAUGAUGAUAUGUAAAUGGCAGAAAAUGGAUAAUUUUGAUAUCACCUUUAAAGGAUGGGAUGAUUCUAUUCACUGUGCUCAUCUUAAGUGUCACCCACAAGACUAUCGUAAAAAAUGGACAGAAUUUAUGCAAAAAGUGAACAUUGCUUCUUCUACUGUGUAAUAGUAUAAAUGCAAUCUACCACAAAGAAAUGCCAACAAUGUGAACUAGGAAUAUUGCAUUAGAUAUAAUAUUAUAAAGUAAUGUUGUUAUGUGUAAUGUAUAUUGCAUAGUCUUUGUGUGUUUCUCUGUGGCUAAGUUCUAUGAUAAUCGUCACUGCAUUUAUUUUGUAGAACUUUGAAAUUUUGUGACCUAAUCAUGAUAGUCUAUCCCAAUCGCGUUAUUCCCUUCCGUCAAGUCCCAUGUUCACAAUUUAUUUAAUUCAAAACAUUUAGCGGGGAGGGGGAUUGGAUGACCGAAUGGUUAGCACGUGCGCGCUGUAUCAUAAGGCCUGUCAUGGAGUCAACAGGCGUGGUUUCGAAUCCCCGGUUGUACGUGACAAGGAGUAGGGUUGCCUGUCUAACCUCGUGGGUUUUCACCGGGUCCUCCGGUUCCCUCCCACUGCUAAAGACCCCUACGCGCAAACGCAUUAUUGAAAUAAUAAAAAAAAACAUAUGUUAGUCCCGAAAUGUGUCAAGUGGACGUUAAACCCCAUUUCUCCCUCUCUCUCUUUUAACGGGGAGUUAUAAGUCAUCUGUUAACAAAUGAAAAAAAAAAACAACUGAAUAUAGGAGUCCUCCUAAUGAAUAUUGUAAAACAACACACUUAUGUGACAAGUGUCACGGUCGUGUGCUUCAUUCUUUAUCGUCAGAUGGUGGGAUGGAAUGGGCAUUAAAAGCGUGCGAUAAUGAUGUAGACAUAUGCGAUAUCACAAUUAAUGCU